AUGAGGCAACUAAAACACACUAGAGCUACCAAGGAGUAUGUAGAAAAAUUCUCAACGCUAGUAUUGGUGGUAUUGAGGAUAGAUGAAGAGGAUAAACUCCACUACUUCAUGGAGGGAUUAUAG